UUUUUUUUUUUUCUUUGCUUGUUUUUUUUUUUCACUUCGAAUUGUUUUUUGCUUCUUGUUAGUCGAGGACCUCCUUGUUCUACAUUAUGCAGAAAAACUGCUGUUUUUUAGGCUGUGUCUACACAAUGCCAUAAAAUGCUUUUAUGAUGGCAAACCAUUUUUCUUUCGAGGAUGCGGAUGGAAACGCUCUGAAGCUCCAAAGCAUGCACUUGAGGAUGUAAAAUGGGCACUUGUAAUGAGUCAUUUGAUGAGUGAUAUGUUUGGGGAAGAUUACCUUGAUUACUACUACGACAAACAACACGGAUUAGAAGUACAAGAAAGCUCCAUUCCCACCUUCGWGUACGAACACGAGUCAUGGGAGGAAAGAUUCACCAAGCAAUUURAAAGUACAAGUGUCGAAGAUGUGUCGAAAAAGUCCUCUAAAAGAGCUCGACGCCUUUUUGAGACCUUAAACGCGACAGAUACCAAUUCAAAUUUCUCUUCACAGCCCUCCAAGUUGGAUAGUACUAUGCCAGUUCCACUACAUACAAGUACUCCCUCUAAGCCUAAAACUUCCAGUGACAAGAAUAAUCUCUACCAAGAACCUACAGAAUCGACAUCUGACGGAGAUUCUUCGUCCGAUAGUGACGACGAUACAAAUUCGCCUUCAAAACCACUAAAAGAUGAUAAUUCCACCAGUUCAGCGGAGUUGCAUCAACCAGAUGAUGAAUCAAAGAGAACGAAAACCUCUAUCGACUGCCCRGUACAAACAGCCCUUACUUCAAAUGAUCUCAGCAUUUGCCAUGSAAAAGCCAAAGCAUCCAGAAAGGAGCUCGCAAACCUAAAGCUUCCAAAAAUUGUCCACGUCAGAGAAAAUUGCAUUAAAAUUUUUUCAUGUUUUCAGCCAGCCUUAAGCCCGCUUUCCAUUAAGGAACGACCAUCGAAAAGUGCACUUUCUCAUUGCGACAAGUUGCUGUCCGAGUCUCGUAGUAACGGAGACAAGGCAAAAACAGUCCAAUUUGGCUCAGUGGGGACUUUUAAUGUUGAUGACCUUUGGAUUUUGCAGAAAUACUGCGCGAUUGAUGACAUGAGAAGAGAUGUUAUCGCUGAAGCAGCAUGGCUAAAUCAGGAUGAUGGUUUUGACAUGAAAGAGAUUGAAGAAUUAAGCCACAUUCUUUGGGAUAGUGAACCUUCCAAGGUUAUUUUGAAGUUGUCUACCGGAAUAAAUACAAGAGCCAUUGACGUAACUUCUCUGUCUUAUUUGUGUGAGGAGCGAUACAUCGACAAUAUGGUCGUGGAUAUUUGUAUCUACAAGUAUAUGUUGGAAUCAAAUACUUCCGCAGGUGUACAGUCUUUAGUAUUACCAUCAGAGAUAUGGGCAUGGAGAACAUGUCGACAGGGAUACCUUAAAGAGCAAUUUCAGACUGCGAUUCAAAGCUGCCAAGUACAAAUAUCAAACCUCAAGCAAAUAAUAAUACCUGUUUACAUGCCAUCGCACUGGGGUCUAGUAUAUGUGGAUUUACCAAACGCAAAGGCCUAUUUUGACGACGGUAUGAAGUUCAACCCUCCUCGUGAAACGAUUAGCACUAUUAAGUGUCUAAUAGAAACCCUGUGCGAACUUUAUCCCAAAUGUCCAACGUUUACACAAGAAARGUGGAAAGAUUUGAGAUCUUUGGAAAGGUUUGGCAUGCCCCGUCAAGAUUCAAAURAAGMCAUAAAGAKCAAGCAAGGAAGUGGUAGUUGCGGCAUUGGAGUCGUUAUGGCAGCUAAAAACSUGUUAUACAACGGUAACAAGGCAGUGAGGAAUUUUACAYGGUCCUUUGCGCAUAGCCGCUACUACAGGAAACAACUCAUGCAGAAAAUAUGUCAAUGGUCCCAAUAGCUAAACGUAUAUUUAUAUAUUCACU